AUGUCAAACAGUACGACAACAAGUGUCAAGCCGAGCGAAGCUUUGAUUGUUGCCUAUUAUCCAUUCACCUUGGUCAUUGUCGGUACCCUAUUAAAUCUUCUAACAUUUUUUAUUCUAUGUCGACCAACAUUCCGAGACACAAAAAAACAACCAAUAAUUCAUUACAUGCGUACAAUAGCCAUUUUUGAUAUUCUCAUGCUGUAUGGGUGGAAUCUCGAUCAUUAUCUUUCAAUAACACAUGGAUUCAUACUUCUAACAUAUUCAAUUGCAACAUGCAAGGCUUUUGGAUUUCUUAACUACUUUGCCUCGCAAUCAUCGGCUUGGCUUCGUGUGUUUAUUUGUCUUGAUCGAUAUUUAUCAGUGAGUCGUCUUCAUCGUACAUGGUUUAGUCGUCCAAAAAGUGUUCUUAUCAUUAUUACAUGCAUUAUUACCUUCUUUACUUUGUUCAAUUUCCACUUUCUUAUUUUUACUUGCUUUUAUAGACCAAGUGGUUCAAUCAAUCCCAAUGCUCAAUUGUAUAAAAUAUAUCCACUAUGGGAUUAUAUUAAUUUGGGUGUGUAUAACUGUGCACCAUUCAUAUUGAUGGUUACAUUCAACAGUGGUGUUAUCUAUCAUUUAAUCCGUCGUCGUAAUACGCGUAUGAUUCAAAAUUCAAAUAUUCAGCAUCGAGCUAUAUCGAUUACUUUGGUUCUUACAACAUUUCUCUUUUUGAUCAUGACUAUACCAGCAACAAUUGUCGCUGCAUUUUUCUUCACAACACCAACUACUACUCUUGCGAAAGUAUUAGAUUCGGCUCUCUAUACAUAUCAUAUAACAUCAUUUCCACUUUAUUUCAUAACAUUUAAUGCAUUCCGACGAGAAUGUAUCAUGAUGAUCACUUGCAAAAAGAACACUCAAAGAGUUGUACCAAGUCUUCCUACUCCUGGUCCGCCAAACACACAAAAUCAACCAUCAAUCCGAACAUUCUAA